GGGAUUCUAUUCACAUUUGUGUUGUUGCACAAGAAUUAUGCUUGCAAUGUGGAUUUGUGUACCAAGCUGUUAACACAAGUGCUGUAGCAACUUGAAAUUUUGCUUGAAUUCUCAGCAGAUCGAACGUAUUCAAAAGAAAAAAACAUUAAACAAUAAAAUAGUUCAAUACAAAAUGUCAUUGUGUCGUGUGUUGUUGCUGCUGUUGACGCUUGCUGCUGGUGUUUUUAGUGCGGAAUUUCAAAGUACGGAACGCCAUCAUAAGAAACGUCAAAUCUAUCGUGAGCAAGUGCUGCCACAUGCGGGUGGCAAGAUACCCGACACUGCCUUUGAGACCGAUCGCCUGUUUCUAAAUCGUUUGCAGAAGGAGGGCAUUGCUGUGCCCGAUGGCAUCGUGCCAGAGCAGCGCAAUCCUCAGGUCUAUCAGUACUAUAACAAGCCCAUGCGCACCGUUUACCACAUUGCACUUAGCUCUGAUGGUCGCUACACGCCGCGAGAGGGACGCUAUCACUAUCGCCAGGUGCCCACCAUAGAGACAACCUAUCUCUAUCCGCAGGCUGUGGGUCGCGCACAUGUGCUGCUGCCGCCUAAGCAUGCGCUGCCCGUCUAUCGCCAGCUGCAGCUGCAUAAUCCGUUGCUCAAUCAAAUCAAAUUCCAGCCCAAGAAGAUGCCCAAUUUGCUGGAACUGGCGCCCACUGUGGGCAAGAGCCAUGCCACUAGCUUCAGCUCAUCCAAGGCGCAGUCUUAUCAAAAUGUGAAUCUGUUGCAUAGUCCACCUUUGUCGGCGUUUAAGAAAACGCCCGGUGGCAGCAAGACCUAUUUGGAUAGUUAUGGCAAAACUCACCUUUUUAGCGAAUUGGAUGAUUUGUUAAGGAAACUUGAUUUGAAUCCCGCAGCACAAAGCUUGUAUUAGAUAUUUACAUAAGUUAUAGUUUAAUUACAAUUUCUUUAGAGCUUACGCUUC